UUCAAGGUUUUAAAAGAAAAAUGGCAGCACUUCCUGUUCGAGCUGACUGGCUUAAACUUUAUAAAGAAUUAUUGAGAGCAGGCAGAGAGUUUCCCCAGUACAGCUACAAACAUUUUGCCCGUCGACGUGUCCGUGACUAUUUUGAACACUCGAGGACUGAGAAUUUAAGUGAAAGCAGAUUGGCCGAGGUGUACGAGGAAGGAAAGAAGUCGCUGUUGGCAAUUCGAAGGCAAGCACUGAUUUCUACCCUCUAUCCUUAUAGGCCGUUGGCAGUUGAAAACAGAAAUAAAGAGAAGGAAUAG